CUUAUAUAAACUUACUGACCCGCGGCCUCACAGCGCCGCCCCGCGGUGACAGAGCGCGCUGCGCGGCGACGCGUCCCCGCCGCGCUCGUUUACGCAGCGCUGCGUAAUGACGUCACACGUGCGCUCCGCCGCUUCCAGGUUACAUUUUUUUCCACUCCACCGUCAUCCUCGCGCUCUAGCAUCACUCCCUGAUAACAGCAGCGAUGGCGGAGCCCGGAGCAGCCACGACGGACGCAGCGGGAGAGGAGGCGUCCCCGUCCCCGAACCCGACCCCGAACCCGAACCCGAACCCGGGCCUCUCGCCCUUAGCCAGCCCGGGCUCGGAGCCUCCAUCCAUGGCUCUGUCCCCCACGGCGGACGGCUCCCAGCGGCUGCUCUUCUCCCACGACCUGGUGUCCGGACGGUACCGCGGCUCGGUCCGGUUUGGCCUCGUGCGGAUGAUCCACGGAGAGGAGGAGUUCAACUCGGACUCGGACCUCGACGAUGGCGGAGGGAGAGGAGGAGGUGGUGGAGGAGGAGGAGGAGGUGGAGGACGGGUUGGGUCGGACACGGAGAGCGCAGUGGACACCCCGAGUCGGCCUCUCUGUCGGGGGUUCGUCCGCGUGCAGUGGUACCCUGAAGGAGGCAAGCAGGACAUCAAGGAGACAAAGCUGAAACUUGAAGAUCGAUCCAUCGUCAUCAGAGACAUUGUGCGAAGAAAUAAUUCUAAUGACAACCAGUGUGGUAUUGUGACCAACAUUGACAUCGAGUGUGCAGUGAAACUAGUGGGAACCAACUGUGUUCUGUAUCCAGUUAACAGCAAAGACCUGCAGCACAUCUGGUCUUUUAUGUACGGCGACUACAUCGCCUACGACUUCUGGCUGGGGAAAGUGUACGACCUGACUAAUCACAUCAUCCUCAAGCUCUCCAAUGGAGCCAGGUGCUCCAUGAGUGUGGAGGACGGUGCCAAGCUUUACGACGUCUGUCCACAUGUCAGCGAUUCGGGUCUGUUCUUCGACGAGGCGUAUGGUUUCUACCCAGGCCAGGUCCUGAUUGGUCCGGCCAAGGUCUUCUCUAACGUCCAGUGGCUGUCGGGGGUCAAACCUGUCCUCAGCAGGAAGUGCAAGUUCAGGGUGGUGGUAGAGGAGGUGAAAGUGGUCGAGCUGAAGGUGACGUGGAUCACGAAGAGCUACUCUCCCAAAGGCUCAGACAGCGUGUACCCGCCUCCCUCCACCAUCACACAGGAAAAUCUCUGCACGGUGAAGCGUCUAGGAUACUACGACCACACCCAGAGGCAGCUGGGAGAGAGGGCCCUUUAUGUUUUCCCUGCCAAGGGGGACGCCACGCGCAUCACCUGUGAAGGACCCGAGGGUGCCCCCGUCCUGCCUGAAGACCCUGUGGCCAGAAAGUUGAAAAGAAUGUUCAAGAAGGAUUUGGGAAAGAAGACGGAGAACGCCGACGCACAAGGGGAGCACAGGUCAGAGACGACAGACCCGUCUCAUCCCAACAACAACAACAACGGCCCUGUGGCGCCAGUCCAGGACUCCCAGAACACCAACGACCCCUCGGCUGAACACGGGGAGCAGGACGCUGACGACGAGGCCGCGGAGGACACUGAUGAUACCAGCUCUCUGACGUCCUCGGCCAGCUCCACAGCCUCCUCUCAGAGCGGCGGUCUGGGAGCCAACCGCAAGAAGAGCAUCCCGCUCUCCAUCCGUAACCUGAAGAGGAAGCACAAGAAGAAGAGGACCAAGUUCUCCCGCGAGUUCAAGCCUGGUGACCGGGUCGCAGUGGAGGUUGUGUCGACAAACACCACGGCUGACGUGAUGUGGAAGGACGGGCGGACGGAGAAGGGGAUCCGAUCAAACGACCUCAUCCCCAUCCAGCACCUCGACAGCCAUGAGUUUUGUCCCGGGGACUUCGUAGUGGACAAACGACCUCAAGCCCUCCAGGACCCGGGAGUGUACGGUGUGAUCCAGUCUGGUGACCACAGGGGCAGAACUUGUGUCGUCAAGUGGAUCAAACUGAACUCCAGCAGCGACGACGUGGAGGUUUUCGGUAUGGAGGAGGAUGUCAGCGUGUACGACAUCGCAGAUCACCCAGACUUCCAUUUCCGCACCACCGACAUCGUCAUCAGAAUAUGGAACUCAGAGAACGGACACAACGACUGCGAAAACGAGACGUCGGUCGGCCAGGUGUCCAGGGUGGAUGUGAGCAGCAAAGUGGAGGUGGUGUGGGCGGAUAACUCCAUGACCAUCGUCCUGCCUCAGCACCUCUACAACGUGGAGUCUGAGAUCGAGGAGACCGACUACGACUCGGUGGAGGAGACGAGCAGCGUCCUGUCCACCGAGGAGUGGGAGGACGAGAGCGACAGCUGGGAGACGGACAACGGCCUCACCACUGAGGACGACGGCCACGUCAACAACGCCGAUGUCGCCGAGGGGGCGACCCCGACCCCCACGGGCUCCACCCCGUUUAUCAUCCCCCCUCAAGAGGGCAGCAAAGCGGGGGUCACCAGCCCCACGAAAGGAGCCGCUGGGGAGGAGGGAGAAGCCGCUGUGGCUGCUGCCAGCCUGGCUUCUGGAGGAGGAACGACUCCAGGAGCAGUGAAUGGAGCGGAGAAGCCCAGUAAAGAAGGUGCCUCUCGGGGCUUCAGGGAGUUGAAGGAGGCCCUGAAGAUCCUGGAGAGCCUGAAGAACAUGACCGUGGAGCAGCUCUGGACCGGCGGUUCUCCAACCUCCCCGACCUCCUGCGAACCCGCCUCCGCGACAAACGUAGCGAGUUCGCUGACGCCCGUGGCCCCGGAGAAACCGACGAAGGAGAAACGCUUCCUGGACGACAUCAAGAAGCUGCAGGAGAACCUGAGGAAGACGCUGGACAACGUGGCCAUCGUGGAGGAGGAGAAGAUGGAGGCUGUGGUGGAGGCAGGGGGGAGUGGAGGAGCAGGGUCAGAGGUAGAGAGAGCCGGAGAGGAAAAGCCCCAGCAGGACCCACAGACACCAGUUGGUGGACAAGAGUGGCCCAGUGAGUUCCUCAGCGAGACGCCAGUGCUGUGCCAACAGAGUGGAGGCAAACCGGGCGUCACCUUCACCAGUGCCAAGGGAGAGGUGUUCUCUGUGCUGGAGUGGUCUCCAGACACGCACUCAUUUAAGAAAAUGGAGUUCCAGCCAGCGGAGGCAAAGAAGUUCUUCAGCACAGUGAGGAAGGAAAUGGCUCUUCUUGCAACGUCACUGCCGGAUGGCAUCAUGGUCAAAACAUUUGAAGAUCGCAUGGACCUGUUCUCAGCUCUGAUCAAAGGGCCGACCCGGACGCCCUACGAGGACGGUCUCUUCCUGUUUGACAUCCAGCUGCCCAACAUCUACCCGUCUGUGCCGCCUCUGUUUCGCUACCUGUCGCAGUGCAGCGGCCGCCUCAAUCCCAACCUCUACGACAACGGCAAGGUCUGCGUCAGCCUGCUGGGCACCUGGAUCGGCAAGGGCAACGAGAGAUGGACCAGCAAGUCCAGUCUGCUGCAAGUCCUCAUCUCCAUACAAGGCCUUAUCCUGGUCAAUGAGCCGUACUAUAACGAGGCUGGCUUCGACAGCGACCGCGGCCUCCAGGAGGGGUAUGAGAACAGCCGCUGCUAUAACGAGAUGGCCCUGAUCAAGAUGGUCCAGUCCAUGACGCUGCUGCUACAACACCCCGUGGAGGUCUUCAAGCAGGAGAUCCAGGAGCACUUUGCUUCCAACGGCUGGCGGCUCGUCCACCGCCUGGACGCGUGGCUGGAGCUGAACGAAGGCGCCGAGAGGGGCCAGGCGGCGCACGCGUCCUCCAGGGCUCACCACCCCAGGGACCGACCCUCGGCCGUGGAGACUCUGGACGAGCAGGGGCCCGUGGCGGUGGCUCACAGCAGCCCCAGUAAGCCUGGAGAGGAGGGGGUCACAGGAUCAGGCGUUCCCAGUAUUAUGGAGGAGGAGCUGGAGGACUCAGGGCUGAGUCCCUCCACCACAGCGGCCCCUCAGCAGGAGAUGAGCCAGAACUCGGACUGCGACAGCACCCAUGGGAGCGCCUCUCUGGCUGGAGAAAACAGGGGGGGCCCUGCAGUCGCCGGCUCUGUAGUCCGCGGCGGGGCGGCGGAAUCGGGUUCUUCAGUCGUGGUUAGCGGAGGAGGGGCGGGCCCCACGGGGAGCCAGCCGGUGGUGCGACCAAAGAAACGGAGAAAGAGCUACCGGAGCUUCCUCCCGGAGGGCAGCGGAUACCCGGACAUCGGCUUCCCUCUCUUCCCGCUCUCCAAGGGGUUCGUGAAGAGCGUUCGAGGGGUGCUGCUGCAGUACCGAGCCGCGCUGGCCGCCGCUGCCAUCCCUGAUUACAUAGAGGACAAGUAAGUGCCUCCUCGCCGUUUCCCCCGACACACCUCUGCACUGUUUCCUGCUCUUUCGCUCCUCCUCUUCUACCUUUUUCAUCCGCCUCAAGCUGUAGAGGAGGAUUCAUUACUUGUAGCCUGGGAGGGGGGGGGCUGUAGUCUUCUGAACCUCUAUCCAGAGCUGCACUGGUCCCCCAGCACUGCCCACAUUUUUGUCCUCCAUUUCUAAGUCUGUACUGCUCCUGCUGACCCAAAACUCCGUCGUCAUUUUUAUUUAUUUUUUCCUUACCCAUAAUCCCUCUGGACUGCAGGAGAACAGCACCUUCGAUCAGGCGAGUGAGCAGCCUCAGGGUUUGAAUGCAACUUGAUAAUGUCUUUGUUCUCCUUCAGUGUCUCUUCAGAUGAGUGCGAUGGAUAAAGUGUGAGAGUGUGGACCUCACAUGCGCUCACCCUUUUGCACAAACGUACGGGAGCUACGCGGCCACACAGGAACCCUCAUCUGUUCAUGGACGCAGGAAAACAACACCGAGGAUUUUACUGGAGGCCGUCACAGACUCUCUCUUGGCCUCAGCAGGACUUUGACUUUAGUGGAGGUGGUGUGGAUGCAAAAAAAGAACUGAAUGAGAUAAUAAAAUCAGUGCCAUGAACCCUCAUCCGCCCCCCUCAUCCACCGAGCCUCCAGCAGCACCCACCAUACUGGCGGGGAUUUUUCUGGAUGAACCACUCAAGCCGACUCAAUCAGCCUGAGAAAUGUGAAGCGGACUCGUGAUCGUCGCUGCAUUUCGGACGAGGUCAAAGGUGGCUGGAAAAACUGCUUCCUGUAGCACUACUGAUAAACACACCGACCAGGAGGAUUCUUUAAGAAUGGAAACCACUGGUUGUAACGCUUUCUGCCAAAAUUCUCUCUGUCACACACACACACACACACAAAAUAUUCAAGUAGAACGUACUGAAUGUCAGUUAAACUGCCAAACACCACAGCUUCACCACUUCCUUCCACUCUACUGUACUUGCUGGUAUUUUUCCUUCGCCCAGUCACUCGCACAGAACCACGCAGCCAACACCGAGUGAAAACGUUUACAUACGAGUCUCCCCCGGAGGUCGGACCGCUGUAGCCGUUUGGGUUGUGUAGAGAAGCCAGCCAGGCACGGGACGACAGGAAGGUGGCGCUAUGCUCCAAUGUCCAGGUGAGCGCGCUCCAGUCAAAGCUUAACACAGCUGCCGCCUCCACAUACAAAACGUUCGAUUCACUUUCUGUAGAAUUUAGCAAAAGCUGUUCGCUCAGCGAAAUGGAGCUUGUGCUUUUUGGUGUUUUCUUGCAUUUUAAGUUUGUUUUACUAAGAGAGGCUGAAGUGACGGUUUCAGAGCGAAGCUUUACCCACAAUGCUCCACUUUUUCCUGUGCCGGAGAUGAACCCCACAUCACAUGCGAAUGACUAAACUUAGAGAAUAAAUAGGAAAAACACAUAGAGCAUCCAUUCCCUCAUAUCAUGUCAACAUGUUGCCUUACUUGAAUAUUUCUUAAUAAUCUCAGAUCAUGGUGAUUGUGUAGUUCUUUAAACAAACAGGCCUAGACACACACUGACAACCACUAAAACCCUGAUCCAGUGUUUUCCUCCUCAAUAGUGCAGAUCUCUGAUCAGUUUUCUUUUUUUUUUUUCUUUCAGUUCUUGAACAUGAGCCUUCACACUGCGGGCUUCAGCCGUAUUCAUUUCUUUUUUUCCCUCUCCAAAUUGCACGUGCAGAGUUAAUUAACAUCAGAAUACAAACUACAGUAAGUGUGAUACUGAUGGUUUGUUGAUAUUAUAUAUAUAUUUUUUUGCUUUAAUGUAUUUAUUUUCUGUUUAUCCCGUGCUGCACUUGACCUGAGCGUCUAAUCCCACGAAGGCGACUGCCGUCCCCGCAGCCCAAUCACACAUGUUAAGGCAUGCAGACAAAACUUAAACUUAAACUGAUAAUUUGUCUGCGAUCUACUUUUCCCUCUUCAAUCUGGAUGAAAGAAAUCAAGAUUUUAAUCCCCAAGUAAAACUCUUUGCUUUGCCACAGAUUGAGCUGCACUUAAGUGAAAGAAAGUGAAACUCCCCUUUGGGUCCAAUCGUGCUUCCUGGGGAACACAGAGCAGUCUUUGUUUACAUCUUUUUGAAAUAACUUCAUCUCAUCUUUAACACCAUGCUCUUUUUUUUUUCUUUUUCUUUUUUUCCUCAAGAUAUUACUAUUCUCAUAUUAUUGUGAUUAUGAUUAUAAUACAGGUCAGACAAACCCCUUGUGCUUGCUAUAACCUGUGAAUUAAACAAAGAGUGUGCUGGCUGUCUGGUAUUUUACUUGAACAAAGAACCUUGAUGGUAAGAAGUGUUUCUGAAUGAUUGAGCACAUUGUGAAACUACGAGUGAGCCGAGGGUUGCUGUGUUUUAAAGAGACUUAACAAAAUAAAAAAGGUCAUGAAUGAGGGUAUUUUGUUUUUGCUUUGUCUUCCAUUCCUCUCAACCCCACCCCGCGACUCUUGCUGCUGUUUGUAAAAAAAAUAAAAAUGUCCCCUUAAUGAUUCCUUGGAGCAAAGUUUCUUCAAUGGUCUGAAAACAAAACGAUUUUUGGAACUUGGUUAUCGAGUUGUGACAUCACUGCUCCAUCGGUUCAAACCGUUUUGUCGUCGGUCGCAGAAACGGAAAAAUGUGAAGCUGUCUCUGUAGAUCUCGAGGCAAGAAUCUGGCAGGAUAUCAAGCACAUGAUGUACAAUUUUCUGUGUAUGUGUGUAUAUUAUUCAAAUUUAAAAAACCAUUGUUCCUAUUAUGACUGCGAGAAGUUUGUUUUCCAGCCAAAGCAUGUAACAUGUUGCUUUAAGCCUUUUGAACGGGCUACACACAAGACUUGACUGUACGAUGUCUACAUUUCCACAGUGGCCUGUUAUUGAUAUACUAAAAAAAAAAAAAAGGAAAAAAAGAACUAAUAAAGUUAUGAUUUGUAGCCUGAUUCCCUCUGUACAGCCGUCAUGACUAUAUUGAAAUAUAUAAAUACAAGCGGUAUAUAUUUAACACACCCCUGAGUUCUGACGAGUCACGUGGAUGCUUGGGGCAUAUGUGUACAAAAUGCUGAGUAUUGUAUUUAUGAUUUCAUUUUUUUAAUGGUUUACUUUUGUUGCAUUAAGAACAACUGUAUAGUGAUGUAUUAAACUUUGCAAGCAGUACUAUAGUGACAUUGUGGCUUAUAUUUAUUUGGAUCGCUGUUGUGAGCCUUUUAUUAAUAUUAACAAAUCUAAAAACACCAAAACCAACAAUGAUUGGGUCCUGUUAACAAGUAGUUCCUCUACAAACACACACAUUUCAUUUUAAGUCAAUACCAUGUUUGGAUCUGCUGGUACAAAUACUAAUAAGGGCACCAAAUGUGUAUUAAUCCACGGCUGAAAAUAGUCCCCAACAAAUACACUAUUUCCUCCUGUUUGAGUAACAUUUCCCCAAAACAACAGUGCCCAGCUGUUUUAGGAAGCUACUGAGCUUUUUUUUGGUAAUGAAGCUCUGUAUAUUUGUAACCUGUUGAUGAAGAUCUAUAUCUUCAUCAGGAACUGAUGUGCUGGAGGCUUUGUGUCAAACACAAAGUGGGACGUUCAGAGAGUAUGGAGGGACAAACUAACACAUUGUUGGUUUUGGGUUUUUUUAAGGAUUUGUUUGCAAAGAUGGAAAAAAACUGAAUAAUGCCACCUUAAGGGUGUGAUGGCUGUUGUCAUUGUUCUCAUUUUUCUUUAAAGACGGCGCCUAAUAGAACUCUAUAUUAAGGUCAUUCAAACUGUUAAAUAUAAAAUAUAAUGUGUUGUGUCAGGAUGCUUUGGACAGCGCCAACUAAACGCUGAACUUCAAGCGCAGUUUUGAACCAACAACCACUCCAUCCAUGAUUAUGCUUCAUUCUUUUUUUUAUUUUUUAUUAUGAGUUUAUGCCGAAAGGUUAUCUUCUGGUACAGAAUAUACAUUCACUGGAAAAUAUGUAUUCUGAAAUUCAAAAAAGUUUAACUGUUAUUAGUGCCUUAUUUUAGUCAUUCAUUGUCUUACCUGUUCUCCUGCACCUGAUAAACAUAAAGCAUGUAACUACCAGUCUGCACCUUUUUAACUCCAAUGUUUAAGUGAGGACAAUUAUAAACUGUCUGAAGUUUGGUGAGUUAAAUUGUGGCUUCUUGACCAAAAAACAACUGUUCUGCCAUAUGCCAAAAAAUAUACUCCACAUUCGAGUCCCUAAAUCAGAUGCAACCAAUGUUUCACAAACCAAAUCUCAGACAUGUUUGUCAUUAUUUAUUUUUAUUUUUACCCAAUCAAAAACACCCAGCAGAAUGUUUGAUUCAAUCAUAGAAAAGUUACAGACAUUUGUCUAAUGGAAAAAUAGAUCUCUCUCUGUGAAUAAAGAAUUAAUCAUUCAAUGUGUGCAAGAAAAAAAUUAAAAUGACUAAUUUCCCUUCACCAUAAAUAUUUAAACACACAAGACGACGGCUGAGAAGCAGCAGGUAAAGACGUAAACAGCAAAUCAACAGUCACACAAAGUCAGUUUCUUUCUGCUGUCGUGCUGACAGAAUGAAACAUCAGGUCCUUCGUCAUCUGAUGCUUAAACUCAUUUAGAUUUUCAAUCACACUUGGACUCUCCAUUUUCUUCUACUUAGUGAAAAGCUGAAUAUUUCCAGAUCUCCCUAGUAGUAAUUGAUGAAGAAACGGCACCAUGGCAAACAUUAACAGUUUCUAAAGUCAAAACAACACUGUGCCACAAUUACACUUAUUUUACUGACAUAUGGACAGAUGUCAAAUGUGUCCCUUCCUCUCAGUUUUUUUUAAAUGGUGAUGAGAAAAACCAAAGUGAGAAAUCAGUGAAUGCACCACCGCGUUCAAACCACCAGGAGGCAGCACAAUCAAGGCACAUCAAACAGUUAAAGGACCGCUGCAUCGCUCACAUAAACCCCGCCUUGCAUAGAAAAUAAAAUGUGUAAAGAGGUCUGGGUCAGUAGCACUCUGUGGUGUCAAAAUAUUAUUCUUAUUCAUAUAUUAUAUCUGUGGUUCCCAACAAAAAAUAAUCUGAGGGGUCAUAAAUAAACAAAAAAAUAUAUAUUUAUCACAAAAUUAUGUUUCUAGCUUUUACUUUAUUCAGUCCAUGUCUUUUGUAUCAUUAAUUGCCGGAUAAUUUUAUAUCUUAAGGCCUCUAAAUCUGUCUCAGCAGGAACAAAUUGGUCCGGUCGACAUACUGGCUUCAUGUUAAGAGGUCACAAGACAUGAAGGUUGGGAAACACAGUGUAAAUUGUACAUUUAACAGUCAAUAACCAGACCUCAGGUUUUAGUGCGACCGACUACAUCUGUCCCCUGAAACAAGCACGUCUUCAAGUACUGUUCCCCCUGUGCUUAAAGCUGGUCAGCUGGAUUCCUGCUGCAAAGUCCUUCAUGAGUAAACAGAAUCAAGAACAGCUAAAGGACAGAAAAUCAACCUCGAUGUCUCAUGAAGGCUUCAAACAGCGUUGGCAACAUUUUUACAUUGUGCAAAAAACACGAAUAGAAGAAUAUCUCUCUGGAAUAAAUUCAUUUUGGUCUUUCUCAAGUCAAUUCUUUACAGUGUCGAACGUAGACGUGGCGUGCUGAUGAAAACAACAAACAUUCAAUUAUUAGUCAUGUUUAAAAUGACAAGUCAGUAUAACGGUUUGAUUAUGUUGGUGCCACUGUUAUACGGUUACUGUGUGUGUGUGUGUGUGUGUGUGUGUGUGUGUGUGUGUGGGUGUUGGCUCUCUUUCUCUCGGCGUCAGGACAGUUUGCUAAUGCUCCCAAAUGAUUUCUUGCGGCAAACAGGAAGAAUUAGGGCGCCCUGUCAGGAACACAACGCCGCCUACCUCAUGCAGCAUUUAACAAGUCGAUAUCUCCCCCUCCUCCUCCUCCUCCUCCUCCUCCUUCUCCUCCUCAUCCUCCCUACUCUAAACCAAAGUGCUGUUUAAACCAGCUUGAAUCCCCCAAAGCCCUUUUUUAACUCUGAGUUCAUUUCACUUCCACUCAGACAAAGAAGUACUGAUUUCUUUGAAAAAAUAAAUGAAACGUACAUCUGAGGAGAUUUGGAUCACGAUUUAAAAAAAUCUGACUUUACUGUAGUGAAGGACGAAGCCUCAGUCAUCACUUCCUCUUUACGACUUAAAGCUCAAUGGUAAGGACACCUAGGUGAUGAUGAUUAGUAGAUCUCCCA